AUGAGUGAUUAGAACAAAUUUCAUAUACUUAAGUUUACUUAACCAAUUCAAUAGAAUCAACCAGUUUUGCCAACUCCAAGAUCUGAUCUUUCAAAUGAAAGACUGGUUGGAAUUAAAAGAGAUUCACUUUCUAAUUUAAAAAGUUCGUAACCGUACUCUAGCAUCUCUCACAGAUAUUCUAAAAAGAAUAAGCCUCUAUCUUAAGGAGUAUUGGACUCAUAAAUUGAUAGACAUUUUAUGGAUCCCCACUUUUAGGACAAAAUCAUUUAGACAUAAUAGAUAAAAUGAAAUCUUAAUCACGUAAUGAUUUCUAUGGACAAUUAAAUAGUAUUGAUCCCUAUCAAUAUCCUACUCAUCUAUCUGAUCUCUAUAUCUCACCUAAAACACUUAGAGAACGUAAUCUUACUUAUUCACAUUUUCAAGCUAUACUGUUAAAGUUCACAUUCCUAACGAAUUAAAAGAACCUCCAGUAUAAUUACCUAAUUUUAGUUCUAAUCUGUCUAAACAUAUACCCAGAGAUAAACUUCAUAGAGGUAUUCCAUUCAAGUAAUCUGUACAUUAAAUUAUCACUAAGACAUGAUAUUAAAUCACUUGCUCUUGGAUUGA